AUCGUUCCUAGAUAGACUUUCUAACAACACUCAGUUUCCGAUGGUUGUUCGUCUUGGAAACUACUAUUUUGAUAAUAAACCUCUGCUUGGAAAGCUAGCAGAUGUUCAAAUAUGGAACAGGACAUUAAGCGAAGAAGAAAUUGCAAAUUUUUCUGCCUGUUUUCCACAGAAAGUUACUGGGAAUUUUGUGAACGACGAAACUGUUUGGAAUAUUACAGGAAGCUUGAUUAAAGAGAUAAUGAUUAAUACAUCUGAGGUUGAAUGUUCUGAAAGAAACAAACGAAAAACUGUGUUAGUUACAGCUCUGUACCCAAACUUUAUUGAUGCAUAUGAGGCUUGUAACAAGUACAUGAUGCACAGCAUGGCAGACAACUUCCAGUCGUUAGACGAGCUGAACGAAUAUCAACUGGAAGCAACCAGCAACCCUGCUGUUCUCAGAGAGUGCUGGACGGGGGGGGAGAUUACUACAUUGGAUGCCUUAUUCUGCAGAUGAGAACAAGGAAUAUUAUUCGAAUUUUAAUAUCCCAAUUGUCUGGUGAUUUAUUCAGAGCUGGAAACUGUGUUUAACAACCAUAAUCCGGGUUGCCUU